UUGGCGCCAUGGUCUUUAUCACACUCUCACGCUCUCCUUUUCCUAAUAUAUAUCAAGAAUAACCAAAAUUUCCCAAUCAUCUCUGUUCUCAGUUUUCACAAUACAGUUCCUAUCUUCCACCUCUGAAUUUUCAACAAUGGCUAACGUAAGCGGCACCAUUCCCACAUCUCAUUUUCUAAGAGUGAAGAAACUCUCCGACAAAGCUGUUAUACCUUCCAGAGGCUCCCUUCUCUCCGCCGGAUACGAUCUUUCCAGUGCUACCGAUACCAAGGUUCCAGCUCGAGGAAAAGCUCUGAUCCCCACCGAUCUCUCCAUCGCCGUCCCCGAAGGAACCUACGCCCGCGUUGCACCGAGAUCGGGAUUGACUUGGAAGCAUUCGAUUGAUGUCGGUGCGGGAGUUAUUGAUGCUGAUUAUAGGGGUCCGGUUGGGGUUAUACUGUUCAACCAUUCUGAUGUUGAUUUUGAAGUGAAAGUCGGUGAUAGGGUUGCUCAGUUGAUCAUUGAGAAGAUUAUUACUCCGGAGGUUUCUGAAGUUCAGGAUUUGGAUUCUACGGUUAGAGGUGAAGGUGGUUUUGGAUCUACUGGGGUUUGAUUAUGAGUGAAGAGAAUGGUUGAUUUAAACCGUUUUAUAAUUGUGUUUGUACUUGGGGUUUUAAAGUGUUAACCUUUAUGUUUUCAGUAUUAAGGAAGGCAUUCUCUGGUAUUAACAUCUAUAUGAAUAUUAUUCGUAAUGGAAAAGGUAGUGUUAUUUGAAACAA